AUGGCGCACUUACUCUUUGACAGCAAUUCUAUCGAUGGCAUUCCAAUCUCGCUCCAAGUCGUCAUAGGCGUUUGCGUUCUAUCUUUGCUGGCUGGUGUCUAUACAUUCCUCACUUCUGACCGACCAAUUGCGGGCUUCCCGGUCCUAAGUGUCGAUGGCCUCAAGCCCAAGAUCAGCUGGUACACAAAGGGCAACGAGACUCUAGAAGAGGGUUACAAGAAGUACACUGGCAAACCUUUCCAGGUCGCGACCGGUACAGGACAUCGAAUCAUACUUCCCAACCGUUUCGCGAACGAAGUGCGCAACGACAACCGCCUCUCGCUCAAUGGAGCCUUUGCGCAGGACUUCUUCGCACACUACCCUGGCUUCGAGGCCAUCAAGGUCGUGUUCGAGCAUGAAAGCAACACUCUCAUCCAAGACACCGUCCGCAUCAGGCUGACUCAAAGCCUUGGUCUGAUCACCGGCGAUCUCGUGGAAGAAGCGACCGACGCUGUUCAUGAUAUCUUUGGUGAAGAUGAUCAAUGGAAGAACAUCAACGUCAAGAACCAUGUCAUUGGGCUGGUGGCUCGAAUGUCUUCAAGGACAUUCUUGGGAAAGCCGCUUUGCCGCAACAGACAGUGGCUGGACGUCACAAGCCAAUACUCGAUUGGUGUCUUCCUCGCAUCGAGAGAACUACGCAACGUACCGGUCUUCGCCAGACGCGUGAUGCAAUACUUCAUGCCAAGCUGCACGAAAGUGAGGGAGUUGUACCAGACCGCCAAGGGCCUCAUCACAGCAGAGGUCGAUCGACGAACGAUAGCUGCUCAACAGGCGUUGGCGGCAGGGAAGAAGCCUCCCAAAACCGCUGAUGCCAUCGGCUGGAUGGUCGAGCUGGCCAAGGGGAAGAACUACGACUUGGUCGCUGGACAGCUGUCUCUCUCCGUGGCCGCUGUUCAGACAACCACGGAGGCAAUGACCCACUUGCUAGUGGAUAUAGUUGAGCACGGAGAUAUCAUCCAAGCGCUGAGGGAGGAGAUUAUCGCCGUGUUGCGCGAGCACGGCUGGUCCAAGGUCGCCCUACAUCAAUUGAAGCUCCUCGACAGCGUGAUGAAAGAGUCUCAAAGGAUACAUCGACCUAGAGCAAAUCUAAAUCGCUACGCCAUCGACGAGGUCGUCCUCUCGGACGGCACCAAAAUCCCCAAAGGCAGUCGCCUCCUAGUCGAGACACGCAUGUUCGACCCCGAGCUCUUCCCAGACCCUUACACCUUCAACCCAUAUCGAUUCGUGGAGCUACGAGAGAACAAGGAUCGCGGAAAUGAUUGGCAGUUCGUCACUGUCAAUCCUGAGUUCAUGGCGUUCGGUCUAGGGACGCACGCUUGCCCAGGGAGAUUUUUUGUCGCCAAUGAGAUGAAGAUUGCACUCUGCCAUCUGUUGCUCAAGUACGACUGGCAAUUUGUGCCUGGCAAGAAGCCUGGUCGAUCAUUUGAGAUUGAAGCGAACGUCCUCUUCAACCCAUCCGCCGAGCUACAGAUCAGACGGCGGAAAGAGGAGGUUGAUCUCUCGGUGAUGGGAAGCUGA